CUUAAAAAACAAUUGAAACAGUUUGGCUUUCCCCCCCUCUCUCUCUCUCUCUCUCUCCCAAGAAUCCAAACAGGGCCGCAAUCGUCGUCUGUCUUCCUCUCGCUUGGCUCUCGGAAUCUCUCCAACGUUCUUUCUUUGUCGGAAAGCUCUUAAUUCGAAUUCGGAAUCAACGAAUAAACAUGGAUUUACAGAGUUGACGAAUCAAGUGAAAUGAUCAUGGCCUCGACGGGCGAAUCUAUUGAACCUGAGGAUGCAUACAGAGAAGAAGGAGAAGGUGGUGACGCUGAGAUUAGGGCUUCGGAUCAAACCAAUGGAUGGGCGAGUUCCAUCCACGCGCGGCCCGUGUCCUCCUCCACCGCCGCCGCCGCCACCCCGAGGAGUUCUUUGGGAUCUCACAGUUCGCUCUUAGCGCAGUCUCAGAGUUCUUCUCUGUUGUCCUGGUUUGGAGUUGCAGAGAGGGUUGGGUUUGUGGCUGAAUCGAAACGGUUGGGGAAGAGGAGAGCUGCGAGGGCGUGGUAUCGGAGGAAAGUGUAUGUUGUGCUGGCUGUGAUUGGAUUGUUGGCUUGUUUUCUGGCGAUGAAUUGGUGGAUGAUUUCACAGAUUCAGGACUCUAAUCACGGGAUGAAAUACAAGUUCUUGAGAUCCAACUCUUCCACGUUGUCAAUUCGGGAAGAACUCAAAAAUCUUGGUAAAGUGAAGAAGCCACAGAAAACAAUUUAUGCUAGACUUCUGGCCAAGGCUGCCCAUGCUUUGGCAGAGGGACAGAACAAACGUGAGCCAAGAGACCUGUGGGAGGAACCUUAUAUCCUUGCUUCUGCAUGGAGACCUUGUGCUGACCAACGUGACUGGGAACCUACUGAGAAAAAUAAUGGAUACAUUCUGGUUAGUGCAAAUGGUGGGAUAAACCAGCAGCGAGUAGCUGUCUGCAAUGCUGUUGCUGUCAGUAGAUUGCUUAAUGCAACUCUUGUUGUUCCAAAAUUUCUGUACAGUAGUGUCUGGAGAGAUAUAAGUCAAUUCAGCGAUAUCUAUCAGGAGGAGCAUUUUAUCAACUACUUGAAACCUGAUAUUCCAAUAGUGAAGGAACUACCCGUGGAGCUACAGUCAUUAGAUCUGGAGGCCAUUGGUAGUGUGGUAACUGAUGCAGACAUAGUCAAAGAGGCUAAGCCAAGUUUUUACUUGAAAUUUAUUCUUCCCAUCUUACAUAGAAACAAAGUUGUUCAUUUUGUUGGAUUUGGAAACCGUCUGUCCUCUGACCCACUACCAUUUCAGUUGCAGAGACUCAGGUGCAGAUGUAACUUUCAUGCUCUGCAUUUUGUUCCCAAAAUACAAGAAGCUGGUGCUUUACUUCUCCAACGGAUGCGGCAUAGAACACGUUACGGGGAGUUGGAUCCUUACCUUGUUGGUCCAUUUGCACAACCAAAAACCAAGGCAAAAAGAGGUCCUUCUGUGAAAGAUUCCAGAUACUUAGCUUUACACCUGAGGUUUGAAAUUGACAUGGUAGCUCAUUCUUUGUGCUAUUUUGGUGGGGGAGAAGAAGAAAAACGAGAAUUGGAAGCAUACCGAGAAAUCCAUUUCCCUGGAUUAACAGACCUUAAGAAGACAACUAAGGUACCAUCUCCAGCAGCAUUGAGGGCAGAAGGCUUAUGUCCGCUAAUGCCUGAAGAAACAGUACUCAUGCUUGCUGGCCUUGGUUUUAAUCGUAAGACCCACAUCUUUCUGGCGGGGGCACAUAUUUAUGGAGGGAAGUCACGGCUGGCCAUCUUGAAUAGCUUGUAUCCUAACCUGGUUACUAAAGAGAACUUGCUUUCCUCUUCUGAAAUUGCACCGUUCAUGAAUUUCUCAUCUCAGUUAGCAGCAUUGGACUUCAUUGCCUGCACAGCCGCGGACGUGUUCGCCAUGACAGACUCGGGGAGUCAGCUGUCGUCGCUGGUGUCAGGAUAUCGAGUGUAUUAUGGCGGUGGCCGGAUGCCAACAAUACGCCCGAACAAGCGCCGGCUGGCAGACAUAUUCUUGAAGAACGACACGAUGGAGUGGAAGGUGUUCGAGGGAAGAGUAAGAAAAGCCGUGAGACAAACAAAAAGGAUCCGGUCGCGGCCAGUUGGGAGGAGCGUGUACAGGUACCCAAGGUGCAAGGAGUGUAUGUGCCUUACAGAAUAGAGCCACUCCGUCCUCGGUGCCGGCGCAGCAUGCAUGGCUGGUUGCUCAUUACAUUCAUUCUUUAAGAUUCAUUGUUCACUACUCCAUCCUCAUACAGGCUCCAUGUAAUGUGAAAAGGACUUCCAUUUUUUUUGUUCAACCAAAAAAAUUAACUUCACCAAUUAUAUAUAUAUAAUUGCAUUAAAUGGGUUUA